UUCUGGAACUUUAUCAGGAUUGGGACUGCUAUUCCUCCUACUCUUAUCUAUUGGAUUAUCACGCAUGUUAAAAUCAUGUUCGCCGCGAUCCAAUCCAUUUUUUCAAUCUUCUCCGCUUUAUUUAAAACUCCUAUCCGAUCUAUGUGACUCUCUUUGCAACCAAAAUCAAGGGGAAGAAUACCUACUGCCUGAGUCCAGUAAAAGGAGAACCCACAGAGAACUCAAUAGGCAUUGGAGAAUCAAUAUGCUAUACCGCAACAAUGGGCAUUCAGAUGAAUGGCAUGCUCGCUGCUAUUGGCCGGCGCCCCAGUAUCGCCGAAGCGACGUUUGCCAUAAUUGA